AUGUCUGCUCCAUCACUAGAAGAAAUUCAAACAUUGCUAUCCCAGAUACCACAAGAUUUACCUCCAUUGAAUCCGGCUCCAUCUAUACCGGACAAUGUCGCAUCAAUCAUCGAUCAUACCCUUUUAGCACCCAAUGCUCUACCCACAGAAAUUGAACAAUGCUGUCGUGAUGCGAUCGAAUUGAAUGCCGCAACAGUAUGCGUAAACUCUAGCAUGGUCGCAAUCGCAGCAAAAGCCCUUCAAGGAACCCAUGUCAAACCCAUCUGCACAAUCGGCUUUCCAUUCGGUGCAGGAAACACACAAGGAAAGGUACAAGAGACACAAAAAGCACAAGAAGAUGGCGCACAAGAGAUUGAUAUGGUACAAAAUGUUGGAUUACUAAGAGCGGGAAAGUACGGAGAAGUGUUUGAGGAAAUUGCAGCAAUCGCACAAGCUGCCAAACCAGCAAAGCUUAAAGUGAUCAUCGAAACAUGCUAUCUUACAAGAGAAGAGAUUGCCAUUUCGACAUUAUUGGCAUGCAAAGCUGGUGCUGCCUUUGUAAAGACGUCAACCGGUUAUGGUUCGGGCGGUGCAAAAGCGGAAGAUAUCAGACUGAUGUAUCAAAUCGCAUCAGCACACGAUGUAAAGGUAAAGGCCAGUGGUGGUAUCAGAACGGCGGAAAAGGUAAAGGAGAUGGUUGCCAAUGGAGCUUCUAGAAUCGGUGCAAGCGGUACGAGGGCAAUUGUGGCCGAAUUCAAAACGGGUGCUACAUCCCAACAAGCUGCAGGAAGUGGCUACUAG